GUUCUUUCUUCAGCGUUGCGCUUUUCCACCAACAGACGAUAUUACGGUCUAGCUAGGAAAACAGGAUUCAAUAAAGAGUGGAUAGCUCGUUGUAUCACCAUGGAGUCCUACGAUAUAAUAGCAAAUCAGCCUGUGGUGAUUGAUAAUAGUUGAUCAGGCUGUUUGUGGCCUGUGGAAUGUUGUCCCACUCCUCUACAAUGGCUGAAUGAAGUUUCUGGAUAUUGGCGGGAACUGGAGCAAGCUGUUGUACAUAUCGAUCCAGAGCAUGCCAAACUUGCUCAAUGGGUGACAUGUUUGGGCUCUGGUGUUGUUAAAGCUGGUUUUGCAGGAGACCAGAUCCCCAAAUACUGCUUUCCAAACUAUGUGGGUCGUCCAAAGCAUGUUCGGGUGAUGGCAGGUGCGCUGGAGGGAGAUCUCUUCAUUGGCCCAAAAGCAGAGGAACACAGGGGACUUCUGUCUGUGCGGUACCCUAUGGAGCAUGGUAUUGUUAAGGACUGGAAUGACAUGGAGCGCAUCUGGCAAUAUGUGUACUCUAAGGAGCAACUACAGACCUUCUCUGAAGAGCAUCCUGUGCUUUUAACAGAGGCCCCCUUAAACCCAAGUAAAAACCGUGAGCGUGCAGCAGAGGUGUUCUUUGAGACCUUCAAUGUACCAGCGCUCUUCAUCUCCAUGCAGGCAGUAUUAAGCUUAUAUGCCACAGGGCGGACAACAGGAGUGGUGCUGGAUGCUGGUGAUGGGGUAACCCAUGCUGUGCCCAUCUAUGAGGGCUUUGCCAUCCCUCACUCUAUCAUGCGGGUGGACAUUGCUGGGCGGGAUGUCUCACGCUACCUACGCCUGCUACUGCGCAAGGAAGGCUAUGACUUCCACACUUCAGCUGAGUUUGAGGUUGUGCGGACUAUCAAAGAGAGAGCAUGCUACCUAUCUCUGAACCCACAGAAAGAUGAAACCUUGGAGACGGAGAAGGCACAGUACACUCUUCCUGAUGGCAGCACAUUGGAUAUUGGCCCUGCUCGAUUCCGAGCCCCAGAGCUUCUCUUCCGUCCAGACCUGAUAGGGGACGAGAGUGAAGGAAUACACGAGGUUCUGGCUUUUGCCAUUCAGAAGUCAGACAUGGACCUGCGACGUACACUCUUUUCCAACAUUGUCCUCUCUGGGGGCUCCACUCUCCUCAAAGGUUUUGGUGAUCGAUUGUUAAGUGAAGUGAAGAAGUUGGCACCCAAAGAUGUGAAAAUAAAGAUCUCUGCACCCCAAGAACGACUCUACUCCACGUGGAUAGGGGGCUCCAUCCUUGCGUCACUGGACACCUUCAAGAAGAUGUGGGUGUCAAAGAAGGAGUAUGAGGAAGACCGAGCACGUGCCAUCCAUCGGAAGACCUUUUGAAGAGGUGGGCGGUGCUCCUAUUAUGCCCAAAAACCUCUGGUUCAAGUCCACCAACUACUCAACUACACCCCCUUCCCCAUUACCCCUUUGAUAAGGAGAGUUCAUGGCUCCCUAUGGCAUGCCUUCUACAGACUCCCCUCCACACACCAAAUGACAGGGACACUGGCCAGGACUGGCAAAGUGUUGGGCAGCCAUUACCAGACAGACCCAGAACCUGUCCCAAUGACAAGGCUUUAAGUUGCAUCUCUUGAUAUUGUGGACUUUAUUUAUUUUUAACAUUUAAGCAAAUUCUUUAAUUUAUUCUACGAUUUGUUAUGCCCCAUAUGAAAUGGAUCAUAAAAUCCUUAACUUAAAUGGCAAUGAAGGGGAACGUUCUGCUUUACUUUGAUGUAUAGAUUCAAUUAAGAGAUGUGUUUUUACCUUUUGGGUUUUGUUACUGUGGCACAUUAAACAGUGUGCAAAGACACCUUAAGAACUUCUUGUUAUAAAGUUCUUUAUUUCCCACUGUCUGAAUAUCCAUCAGCGUCUUUCAACAGUCCAUCAGUGUCUUCUCAACUUUCAAACCCAAGUUGUUGUAAAUUGUAUUGAAAAUAUUUGAUCGGUUUAUCACCUGGUGCCAUUUAAAUCAAUGUUGUUAGGGAAUUAAACAUUAAAUCUUUAGUGGACCACAUGAGUUAAAAGCACUUUCAGUGUUGUGCUGAUGGAGAAUAUUCUGAUUGAAUUCAUGUUCCAAACCUGCAUGGUUUGCUAAACUUUUAAACUGGACCGAAGGUGACAUGACAAUGGGUCGGUUGUCAUGCUUUUUCUGGCAGAUGUUUGCAAGCUAAACAGAAUUGGUAUUAGUGACUUCAUUUUAGAUCAAAAUAUGUAUUGUGUUAGUUUCAAGGGUAACAGUUUGACCAUAUCCUGCUGGCAUAACUCUUAGAGGCAAAUACUAACACUAAUAACAGUAUUGCUGAAAUAAUAUUUUUUAAUUGAGUUGUACAUUGGAGCGUUUCUUGCACUUUAAUUUAGUCAAUUUAGUUACAAUAAAUGAGUGCACUCUGCUGGGAUGUGAUUGUUUAUUAUGCUGAAUACAUUAGCAAUGCUGAUACAAUGUAAGAUUUUGAUUAAAAUGGCAAAAUAAUAUA